AUGUCAGUCACCAAUCAAGUAUCGAACGAUUACGAAAUUAAAGGCAUUCAAACGAUUGGCGAAGAGUUGUAUUUGAGCGAAAAAUGGGCAGACUUCCAUUUCGAGUUUGAGUCAGCCGAUGGUCCAUGCGACCGAAUUCCAACUCAUAAAAGUUUCUUGGGCACGAUCAGUGAUGUCUUUCUCUCCAUGUUCAAAGAUUCAUGGAAAGUGCAAGACUCGGUCAAAAUUGUGGACGCAUCGAUGGACGAAUUCAAGGAAUUUCUUCAGUUCUUCUACUUGAGCCGAGCAAAGUUGACGAAAGAAAAUGUGGCCAAAGUCAUGUAUCUCGCAGACAAGUACAAUGUACAAGAAUGUUUGCGUAUUUGUGAAGAAUUCAUGACACUUUUGCUAUCCAUCGACAAUGUAUGUUGGGGCUAUGAUCUCGCCAUUCUUUACAAUCAAGAAUUUUUGAAAAAAUAUUGCGAAACAAUGAUCGCCAUCGACACGAAGGCAGUAUUUUCAUCGGAUAGUUUCCUCAAGUGUAGCCAAGUGACAAUGACCAACAUUUUGCAGCUGGAUUCACUGUCUUGUCCAGAGUUGGUGGUGUUUGAAGCAUGUAUGGCAUGGUUGAAAUCGGUGAGCCACCAAGACGAAUUGACCAAGGAAAUUGUUCAACAGUAUCUAGGCGAUUCAUUCUACAAAAUUCGUUUUGCAACAAUGACACUACAGGAGUUCACAUCAUUCGAUCCAUCGUACGAAGAACUAUUCUCAUUUGGUGAAUAUAGAAAGAUUAUCAAGAAAUUGGUAUCAAAAAGUACCACCUCAAAAUCCGAGAUGGAAAUUCAAAGAAAACAAUUCAAACCCAAGUUUAAAAUUUUACUCUGCAAUCGACUUGUAUCAUUUAAAUAUUCGAAUUCUCCAUACUUCAUCAAAAGUAAGGAAACAACGAAAUUCACGGUCAAUAAACCAUUUUUCCUGCGUGGAUUCCAGUGCGAUAAACUAUCGAUGUUUGUUAAAGGGAUUUAUGUUGAUGUGAAAGAAAAAAUACCAGCCAAAGUGGCAAUUGUUGAAAUUUCGAAGCUUGGUGAUGAAGAAAGCAUUGUCAUUACCCAACAUGUUAACAUGCAAACAGAAGAAUCAACAAAAGUGUGUUUGGAUAACCCUAUACUCGUUAAACCUGGAGUUAUGUAUGCGAUUCAUAUGGAAAUGUCACCACCCAAGAACGCUUGCACCGGUUUGUUGAUGAAAUCGGAAGUGAAGAUGGAUUCGGAUAUCAUCGUUCAAUUUCCCAGAGACUCUACUAAUGAUUAUGAUCGUGCUGCAAGGGGAUUAAUUUACAAAAUCGCAUUCAAUCACAUUUGA